GCUGGCUGCAAUUUCCUCCAGCCAUUCCUCUCCUUCCUCCUGAGGCCUGACUCCCACCAGUUGCUUUUUUAAAGUUUGACCGGUUGCAAUUUUGUUUUAUUCCCCGCCCCCUGUGGCUAAUGGAAGGGGAACCCUGCGUGGUUGGACGAGGGCACGCCUGAAAUCAGUGCGCUCAGGCGAAGGGGGGCGGGGCGGGAAUUUGGAAGUGAUACGGGUUUCCGUGCUGUGGUUGCAAGAGAAGAUCUUGCAAGUAACCGACCUUCACAGGGGGAACUAGGUGGAGGCGACGUUCCGUUUCUUCCCGGGGAACGUUCCACAAACUUUGGCGCGCUCUCCCCAGGGACAGUUUUGUAGCUGUUGCAAAUUGCAAAAAAGACUCUCUUUCCCCUUUGCAAAAGCUCAGCGAGCAGCGCAGAGAGAGGAAGUGAUGGCGUGCCUGGAAGAGGAGAUCCGGGCGUGGCUGGAGCGUGCCGGCCAGUCCCACUUGCUGCGCUUCUGGGGCGAGCUGGACCCGGCGCAGCGAGACUCGCUCCUGGAGUCGCUGGCGAAGCUGGACGCCGAGGAGCUGGGCGAGCAUUGCCGGAGGGCGGCGGAGGCCUGCGCGCGGGAGGAAGAGCCGCGCCAGGAGAGACAGGGCUGCCGGAUAGAGCCCGUCCCUCCAGAGUUCUUCGGCAGCGUCUGCAGGAGCGACCCGCGGACUUUGGAGCAGUGGGAGGAAGAGGGGCUCCGUAAGAUCUCCCAGAACAAGGUGGCCGUGCUCCUUCUGGCUGGAGGGCAAGGGACACGCCUCGGGGUGCCCUACCCGAAGGGCAUGUAUGAUGUGGGGCUGCCGAGCCGUAAGACCCUCUAUCAGAUCCAGGCAGAGCGGAUCCGCAGAGUGGAGCAGCUGGCUGGUGAUAAGUUUGGAACUCGCUGCACAGUCCCUUGGUACAUUAUGACCAGCGAGUUCACUUUGGGACCGACUGAGAAAUUCUUCCAGGAGCACAACUACUUUAACCUGGAGAAGUCCAACAUCAUCAUGUUUGAGCAGAGGAUGCUCCCGGCCGUGGCAUUUGAUGGGAAAGUGAUCUUGGAAGAGAAAGGCAAGAUUGCCAUGGCGCCAGAUGGCAAUGGUGGUUUGUACCGCGCCCUGAUGGACAACAAGAUCCUGGAGCACAUGGAGCGGUGUGGCGUCCAGUACAUCCAUGUGUACUGUGUGGACAACAUCCUUGUCAAAAUGGCAGAUCCUGUCUUCAUUGGUUUCUGUGUCUCGAAAGGAGCUGAUUGUGGUGCUAAGGUAGUGGAAAAAGCCUACCCCACAGAGCCAGUUGGGGUGGUUUGCUCUGUGGACGGAGUAUAUCAGGUGGUGGAAUACAGCGAGAUCUCCUUGGAAACGGCACAGAGGAGAAACGCGGACGGCCGGUUGACAUACAGCGCUGGGAAUAUCUGCAAUCACUUCUUUAGUCUUGACUUCCUGAAGGCUGUCACAGAGAAGUUUGAGCCCCGCUUGAAACGCCAUGUGGCUGUCAAGAAAGUCCCUUUCGUCGACCAGGAGGGCAAUCGGGUGACGCCGCUAAAACCCAACGGGAUAAAGCUGGAGAAGUUUGUGUUUGAUGUCUUCCAGUUUUCUAAGAAGUUCGUAGCCUUUGAGGUCCCGAGGGAGGAGGAGUUCUCGCCUUUGAAGAACUCUGAUUCGGCCGACAAAGACACUCCCAUCACGGCUCGUCGGUCACUCCUCUCGCAACACUACCGUUGGGCUGUGAAGGCAGGAGCUAGAUUUGUCAAUGGCAAUGGCCAGAGGAUACCUGAAGAACCAAGUUUAUCAGGCGAUGACGAACCACCCGCUGUAUGUGAGAUUUCACCUCUAGUCUCUUACUUUGGGGAGGGACUAGAGAAGUACCUGAAAGCCAAAGACCUCCAGUCACCUUUUCUACUCGAUGAAACCAAAGCAGAAGCAUUAACAAGAGCUUGAAUGAAGACCCAACUUGGAAGAUUGUCCUCUGCGACCAUCUUUUUGCUUGACUGUUGCUUUGUAAUUAAGAAAAGAAUAAUUUUGAGAAACUAUCAGUGUUUAUGAUACUAUAAAGCCAAAAUCUUCUAACUUUUCUGCUUCUGGGCUGUUAGGUCACACUGUGCCUGGAGAGUGAUGGUUUCUGCCCUUAAUUGUCCCAAUAGCAUUCUCUGCAACUUUCAAAGAGCUGUCUGAAAUAAGACCCACCAUCCUUACUAUGGCUGAGAGGUGUAAUGCUGAAAUUGGAGGCAGCCCUGGGGGAUGGGAUUCUUUGCUGGUGUCAACACUCAAAGGAACCAGAGAGGCAGGAGAUAGCUGAGAGGAACCUCUAAAUAGUGCUGCACACAUUCCAUAGAUAUGAUUUACCAAUGCUGGGUGAAGGGGCUCUGUAUUAUCUUGGAGGAGCAUGACUCAGUGGCAGAAGAAACAGGAGAACCCAUGUUUGAUUAUGGACAACUCCACUUAAAAGGAUGUUAGGUAGUAAGUCUGGAGAAAGCUCUCUGCUUCAGACCUUGGAGAUAAGCUUCCAGUGAGGAGCAAUCAGUGCUUACCUAAACCUGCAUUUGCAAGAACAUUAUGCACUCAAAGUUAAGGGCAUUGUCUGUGUCCAGAAUCUCUUGCCUCAUCUUGGAAGUACUGCUUUGACUGUGGAAGAGACAGGAUCUGAAUUGCAUCUAUUUUGGCAGUGCCAUCUUGAAUCUGGUGUUUUCAGCUUGAGCUGAAAGCUUCCCUCUUCGCAAACCUUUGUGUAGCAGAGUGCAUUGUUUUCUUUCUCCUUUUUAAUUAUCCCCAAACCGUCUUUUGAUACUGAUUAAUGCCCUCCCUGAUCUGGUACCCUCUAGUUGUUUUAGGGCACUACAGUUUCUCUAAUCUGUGACCAUGCUGACUGGGGCUGAUGGAAAUCUAACCAUAGCUGAAGGCGCCACAUUGGGGAAAGCUGCUUUAUACAUGUUCUGGAAGAAGGUGAUGAAAACCCUAUAUUGCCUUAAUUUUCGCAUAUUAAAAGUGCUUUAAAAAGUC